GUACGGAAGGCCAUGCAGGCCCCUUGCUUACCCACAUGGUAGAGGUGGUUGCUGAUGGAGCCCCUGCCAAAGCUCUCACUGAGCAUCAAAAUGCCCUGGCCCGGGACGUCGGGUCAAACAGGCAGCUCACGGAGAAAAAUGCAUCAAGGCAUUUCAAACGGACAGUCAAGAGACAUUCCUUUGCGGUGAAGAUCCCUAUGUCCAAGUAUGUUCAUGAAGAGGAUGGCUCUGUCGUGUCUCUACCAUGGAUACGGCCUUCAAGUCUUUUACUCUACCUUCUGACUAGCUACCAGUGGUUACUCCUUGGUGGUUGUGAAGUGGUGGAACAAGCAGAGGCAAUGCUGCAAUCCUUUUGGGACAACUACAAAGUGAACCACCCAAGUCAUACAGUAUUUAACCGAAGUCCUGUACCAUUGAAACGCACAAUUCCAGUUGCACUACAUGGCGAUGGAGCUCGAACACAAAAAAUGCAGCCCCUUGAGAUAUUUUCUUUGGAAGCAGUUCUGGGUGUUGACAGCUAUCAAUGCAAGGAAUGCAGGCAUGAUCCUUGUGGUUGCCCCCAAACCAAAAAAAGACGCAAACAAUUUGGGGACCCUUUGGUGCAAUGCUUGAACCAGAAGCACCAUAGUUAUUUGACGCGGUUCCUGCUCUUUGCUUUUGCAAGCAAAGAACUCAAGAUGCCUGGCCUCUUGCGUGCUCUUCUUCAACAAGUUGGUGAUGACCUUGGCAAGGUUUGCGAGGAAGGGAUUCAGACUCCACAUGGUCGCUGGGGGAUUGCUGUGGUUGGUUACAAAGGUGAUAUGGAGUAUCACGCCAAGACCAGUAUCUCCAGAAGUUAUGCCAAUGUAGGUCAUGUGAACUUCAUACGGUGUUGCCAUGAAUGUGAGGCAGGGCAUCGAAAUCACCCAUUCGAAGAUCCAAACCCAGCAGCUAGUUGGGUAUCAACAAGGUACACAACACUUCCAUGGGUCACUAUGCCCCCGUUCACUAGCAUUCCGUUUGAAGACUGGAGUGGGGAUACUAAUGCCAAAGCAGCUCUGUUCUUUCGCCGUGACAGUUUCCACAUCUUCCGACUGGGCAUUGGACGGAACUUUGUGGCUUCUUGCAUCAUCCUGAUGUGCCACAAUGCGCUUUUCGAUGAUGGUGAAUCUGACUAUAGUAUGGAACGAAGAAUGAAAACUGCUUGGUCUCACUUUUAUUUGUGGUGUUCCUCAACUGGACAGCGGCCACAGAGCAUUCGUAGUUUUACCCGUGACAAACUUCAUUUCAAGAGAGGGUCAUUCCCAUAUGUUAGCUGCAAAGGCAGUGACACUGUCUUGCUUCUGAAGUGGUUGAUUUUUAUCAUUGAGCUCACCCGGAAAUCUGUGGAGAAUGCUUCUUUGAAACAAACACUUGGUGUCAUGUUACUUGGUGCCCGGUCAGGCCUGGUGUUCACUCAAUACAUCCACCGACAUGGCUUGUGGAUGCGAAAGCAUUGUGUUGGAAAACUACGCCUUGCAGUCAAACGAUUCCUUCACUGCUACUCUGUUUUAGCAAAAGAAAGCUUAGACAAUUCGAUCUCACUUUUUGGGAUGGUACCCAAAUACCAUUCUAUGGCUCACUACAUUGCUGAUAUUGAUGAUUUUCAGGCGAGAAACCAAGGUGAUGAUGUCCUGCUUCUCAACCCAGCUUGCUUUGAUUGCAGUAUGAACGAAGACUUUGUGGGUGCAGUUGCAAAACAAAGUCGCCGCAUUGGAUAUAGGUGCUUGCUGGACAAUUUGUUCUUGGCAUACAAAGUGAAACUUAGAUUUGUCAUUAAACGCUACAUGGAGAAGAAAGGGAAGAGAUCAUAGCAAAUGAUGUGGCUUGUCUUUGAGCACAGAUCUGGCAAAGUCUCCAG